UUGCUCCAAGGAUCAAAGGCAAUUAGAAUGUGAUUUUGAAUUUCUCCCACGAAACUGUUCGAUCAGAUCACAGGGAAGGUAUAUAUGGAUCGAAUGAGGCCUGUGCACGUGAGGCAGAAAAGCGUAACAGGCACGACGCCUACUGGAGCUUCAUUAUCCUCUCCCAUGGCGUCGCCACUGCACGGCCAUGCACGUUCUGGGUCGGCGAGCAUUGCCGUGAAUAUGAAGAAACCGCAGAACACGAAGGCCGCUGCUCAAAGGCUCGCUCAGGUCAUGGCUCAUCAACUUGAUAACGAUGAGGAUGAGGACGACCUUUUGUAUGAUUAUAGCCCUGCCAAUGCAUCCGCCGGCAUUGGGCUUGCCGGUGGAAGAGGAACCAGACCUCGCUCUCCUCUGUCAGCUCGUACCUCCAUGGAACGUCCGUCUGUACGAUCAGCAUCAGGAAGCCGAGCACCUCUAUCUGUCAAUUCUGUCGAACAACCUUCAGUGCCUCUUUCAACAUCAGUUACACGAUCAUCUCAGGCCAAUUAUGGAGAACGACCUCCAUCUGCUCGUUCUGUAGUAGCUGGUCAUUCACCUCAAUAUUUCUCUAACUCUGUCGAACAAGAACAACCUUCAUCUGCCCGUUCUUAUUCGGCCGGCGGAUCAGCUCAAUCCACCAAUGCCACGGAGCAGCCUUCUUCUGCUCAUUCAACCUCAGCUAGCCGUCCAAAUUUAGGGAUCAAGACAGUUCCUAUGGUACCCCCCAGUGUACCACUAUCACUUAAGCCAGCUGCUUCUGGGAUUCCAGUAGAGGCUCAGCCUGAUCAUCGAAAGGAUAAAAGAUUGUCUCUAGAUUUUGGAACAUUUAAGUAUAAGGAUGAUUCCAACCAGCAUUCUUCUUCUGCUCUGCAAGAUGAGCUUGAUAUGCUACAAGAAGAAAAUGAAAGUUUACUCGAAAAGCUUCGACUUGCAGAGGAGAGGGGUGAGGAAGCAGAAGCAAGGGCCAGGCUGCUUGAGAAACAGGUUGCAACUCUUGGAGAAGGUGUAUCUUUAGAAGCUCGUCUUCUGAGCAGGAAGGAAGCAGCCCUGCAGCAAAGGGAGGCACAUGAUCUUCGAGUCUGUCAGAAAUGUACUUCGGAUAUUAUGCACCUUACAUUUCUGACACAAUAACAGCA